UGGAACAACAAUCCCAGCGCCCGCUGCAGCAUCCCGGUUCGGGCAUGAGGGCUGUAUUUCUGGGAAACCCCAAUAUUAAAAGGGAAUGUGCUGGAACUGGUGUUUUCUUGCCCAGAAGAUUCGGAACCCCAGCUGUAAGCCGCAAGAAGUCAGGAUGUUCGACGGUUUUACUGCCGGACAGAGUGGUCCAAACCUUGAAUUUGAAUUUGAAUUUGAACAAGGAGGGUGUGGAUGUUCCGGCUCAGCCCGCAUAUAAUGCGGGUCGGGCCUCUGAUUACGAUGCGGGAGCUUUGAGAUAUAGAAAUAGUAGUAGUAGUAGUAGUGUGGGGGGGAUGGGUCAUCAACAACAGAGGGGCGGAUUGAGACAGCAGGCGGCAGUGAUGAACCAAGUCCCAGAGCUCAGACUUCCUCAGGAGUGGUCUUACUGAUAGGAAUUUCAGAACCAUUGCAAUUCAUGGCAUUUUUAUGGGAAAAACGGGGAUAUGUUUUGUUUUGUUUUGUUAGUUGUUAGUGUGGGAUGGGAUAGGGGGGUGAUUUUAGGAUAGGAGAGGAAAAUACUUUGAAAGAAAGGAGAAAAAAGAUGAAGGUGAUGAUUAUUUAUGAUAUACUACUUACUACUAUUAUUUUG